AUGAAGACGAAAAGAUUAUCCAAUCAUAGUCGCCCUCCUAAGGCGAUAACCCAACAGUCUCCGGACAGUGGCCAAUCACACCAAGAUGACUCGAUGGGCCUUGAAGAUGUACUCAUAAAUGCAUUUUCUGAUUCGUCAUAUGCGUUGUCGAGCCCAGAGACAGUUCCUAACCAAGACUCUGCUAGCCUUGGGGAAAGUGAAAUAGCAACUAGUCUCUCUUUCACAAAAGAUGACCAAGAGUCAUGGAUAGCUCUAGACCAAUUACAACGGUCUCCUGUAAUAAGGGCACAGCAGCUUAAUGCUGCUCAAAAUGACCCUCAAAUCAUGUACAAUGACGACGUCCUAUUACCUAACUUCCAGAAAUUUGGACAUCGAAGUGAGCUUACUCGGUGCAGCUGCCUCCAGCAACAUACCCGGUUCUUAUGUCAUGUAAAGGAACUAGACCGAACUCACGACCCUCAUUUUAUCGUCAUUACGCUGGAUGUUGCUAACCGAUGCCUGCGUCUGUGGGAAUCCCAUAUGAGUUGUCAGUUAUGCUGGGAGGAUGAAGACCACAGCGCACUGCAAUUGUUGCUUAUUAGUAUCGGCACAGUGGUAAAACGUGUGUGGAAAUUCCUCACAUAUCAGAAACAGGAUAAUGAAUCUAUCGAAAGCUUGCCGAAUAACGGUGAGCUGGCAUUUUCAGAAGUGGGAGUCCCUAAGAUGGCAUCGGCCGGUACUGAGAAGGCGUCCUCCGAAGAGCCUAGUGGAGUGAACCGCAGCGCGCAGCUGCGACAUGAUUCGAAGGGCCCCCUAAUAACAGCCCCUCCAAUGAAGAUUACAGUAGACGAGUUUGAAGUCCCUGAAGAAGAACAGAUGUUCAUUAUAGGAAUGCUGAUUAUCCGGAUGCUAACGAGGAUCAAAGAGGGGCUGGGGGACAUUCGCGAUAGAAUCAAGGUGGAGGAGAGAUCGGACGAAAAGGGUGGUAAUAGGAAUAGCUGGUAUCCUCUACAUAGACUGGUACCUUUGAUAUUGGAUAACUUGGAUGAAUCGGUGAUGGAACUUGAACAGUCAUUACGGAAUUUUAUCAUGCCAUAG